AUGGCUCAAUUACAGGGAAGUCUUGAUAGACUUCAUGAAGUUAAGAAUAUCAAGGAAGAUAUUCUACAAGCUAUCAAGGAAGAAGGACACUUAACCAGAAGUGUGCUUAGCAAAAGACACUGUAGCUGCCAAGAGGAGAUACAGGGUCUCAAAGAAUUGAUCAAGGAUAUUCCAACAGGUCCUAAGAUCUUUCAACCAACAAAAUGGGAAGCCCCAUGGAAGGACUUGAUAGAAGAAUGGAAUGGUGCAAACAGCUUCAUACUCAACACUCAAAGUUGGCAAAAUGAUUCAACAUCAGUUGACAACUUCAUCAAAUCAAGGUUAUCCGGUUCAGUAUUAUACUGGUAUAACAAUACCAAGCCAGAAAAGAAAACUAUUCUUUGGCAACAGCAGGAGGGCAGUGGAGUUAAAUUCUUCAAUGCAAUCACUGAAGAAAUUUUCAGACAGUUCGCAGGAAUUGAAAGAUCUGAAGCAGGAUAUAGUGAAUACUUGGAAGAACAGGCUAAGAACCUCGAGAAAAUCAGAUUAUGUGAUAUUUAUUAUUUUAAUAAAUACGCAUGUCAGUACAAACAUUUCUAUUUCAGGAUUCCUGAAGAAGAAAGAAAACCAUGGGAAGAUCGUUUCUACAGAAAGAUCGAUUCAAUCUAUUGGAGAGAAAAAUUCCGGGAAAAAUGGAAUGACGGGAUUGAUGGAAUUCCAGACAAUCUUGGAGGAAGAAUAAGACUUGCUAAGGAUUUGCUCAGAGAAGCUUGCAGAAAAAGAAAAGACAAAAAGGAGCUUAAAGGCAGAGGAAGAAUUUUAUAUGAUCAACAAGAUCCAAGUCUAGCAAGAGAAUGGGGUUGCUAUGUCACUCCCAGAAGAAAGACUCCCAAGAAGCAUUGGAAGCCUAAACCAAAUAAGAGGUUUUACAAAAAGCGACCAUGUCCAGAAGGCAAACCUUCAAACAAAUGCAGACGUUUCAUUUGCAGAAAAGAAGGGCAUGUUGCUACAAAUUGUCCAGAAAAAGGAAAAGAGAAGGUCAAUAUGGUGUCUCCUAUACUAUAUUUAUCAUCCAGUGAAGAUGAAUCAUCAACACAAUCAUCCAGUUCAGGUUCAGAAUCAGAAACUGAUCAGAACAACAAUCUUCAUAAUCUCAAGCAUAUGCAGAUUACUGAAGGAAAGGAAAUCUCAGCCAUCGCUGAAGAUAAAAAUUCACAGUGGAAUGCUUUUCACUAUGAUGAUGAAGAAGAAGUGAUCCUAUUCAAAGGGAAACAGUUCACAAUCAAUGCUUUUCACUAUGAUGACGAUGAAGAAGUGAUCCUAUUCAAAGGGAAACAGUUCACAAUCAAUAAUCAAAUUACAAAGAUAAAUAUGUAA